AUUACUAUUACUUCAGUAAACAUUUGAUACCAGUCUGCAUUUCACACGGCAUUGUUUUUAGUCUUGUCAAAACAAUCCAAGAAUCAAAAGACUGAGGCAGAUCUCUAUAUAAAGCCAGAUUGAAUUGGCCAGAGUGCAAUCUAGUAGUUGUAAAGGCAGUUUAUGUCUUCUAACUAAUGGAGACGAAUGCCUGCAGUUCUGGUCCUCUGUUUGAGAAAAUCACAAAGAAAUCAAAUCUUUAUAGAGCUUACGUAUGCCUUCACUUCCUGCUUUUACUAUGUUUCCUAUCCCAUCGCUUACUGAAUCCUUUUCAUGAAUCUUUUGGGCUUUGGAUGGUAGCUUUUACAUGUGAGCUUUGGUUUGCUUUCAUGGGGAUAAUCCUUCACAACAUGGCAUGGAAGUUUGUUGAGUAUAAAACAUAUCCAGCGAGACUUGCAGAAAGAUAUAGUGGAGAAUCUGUUUCCAAGCUUCCUGCUGUGGAUGUAAUCAUCACUACAACUGAUCCCUUCAAAGAGCCUUUAUUGAUAACUGCCAAUACAGUUCUUUCUGUUCUUGCACUUGAUUAUCCAGUAGAAAAAUUUGCUUGUUAUAUCUCAGAUGAUGGUGCCUCUCCCAUCACUUUCUACUCUCUGGUAGAAACUUUGAGCUUUGCCAAAAAAUGGGUGCCCUUCUGCAGAAAGUUCAAAAUACAGACCAGGGCCCCCUUUAUGUUCUUCUCCAAAGAAAAAGAGUCCUCUCAUCCUGAUUUUGUCCGAGAAUGGCAAGUCAUGAAGGAUGAGUACGAAGGUUUGAAGAGAAGGGUAAACACAGCACUGGAAAAGAAACAAGCUCCACCAGAUUUCAUUUCUCAUCAUAGUGUUGAUGGGUUUGUGUAUAGAAGCUCAGAUAUUAAAAACCACACAAGUAUAGUACAGGUUAUUCAUGAAAAUAAAACGAUUCAUGAAAACGAAGCUGAUGCUUUGCCCCACCUGAUAUAUGUUGCUAGAGAAAAACGCCCUAAGGUCAGCCAUCAUUAUAAAGCUGGCGCCAUGAAUGUCAUGGCAAGAGUAUCAGCAUUGAUGACAAAUGCUCCUUUCACACUUAAUCUGGACUCUGAUAUGCAUGUCAAUGAUUGCAGAGCUAUACAACAUGCUAUGUGUUUUUUCCUUGAAUGCAAAUCUGAGGAAGAAUGUGGUUUUGUACAAUUUCCCCAAGUGUUCCAUGGAGGUCUCAAGGAUGAUCCCUUUGGAAGCCAGUUGAAAUUACUAGUAGAACUCGCAGGAAAAGGAUCGAAUGCGAUGCAAGGUCCCCUUUACGGAGGAACCUGCUGCUUUCAUAGAAGAAAAGGGUUGUAUGGGUUGCCUCCUCGGAUUAAUCAAUACAACAAAAAAGGAAGUGAAAGACAAGAGAUUCCAGAUUUUGCAUCCUCUUCUUGCUCUUAUGAGGCUUUGAGGAAAGCAUUUGGAGAAUCCCAUGCCCUAGUUGAAGCAGCUCAGGGAGUUAUAACUGACAUUCCAUCUAAUAGCCAUACUCUUCCUUCCCUGGUUACAAAGGAGGCUUUGAAGAUUGCUAGUUGCAGCUAUGAAACAAAGACUGCCUGGGGCAAAGUGGUGGGAUGGAUGUAUGGAUCCACAGUUGAGGAUGUUAUGACAGGACUAAAAAUUCAUGGUCUAGGUUGGCAUUCUAUUAGUUUCCAGCCAGAAGAACCAGUUUUCAUGGGAUGUGCAGCAAACACUGGCCCAGAUACUCUUGUUCAGCAGAAGAGAUGGGCAACAGGACUGCUAGAAAUAUUUGUAAACAAAUUCUCUUUUUUCAUUGGAAUCAAAACAAGUAUUAAACUGAGGCAGAGGAUGCUUUAUGCUCAUUUCUGCCUAUGGGCAAUUUGUUCAGUACCGGCAAUCUGCUAUGCUUUACUUCCUGCUAUCAGUCUACUACAUGACAAAUCGUUCCUGCCCAAGAUUUCAGAGGUUUCUUUUCCAAUUGCACUUGUACUCUUCCUUUCAGUAUAUGGAUAUCAGCUUGUGCAAUACAUUCUUUGUGGGUGUUCUGUCAGAGAGUGGUGGAAUAACCAAUUCAUGUGGUUCAUUGUGUGCACAUCUGCAUGGUUCAUUGCAGUGUUUGAUGUUGCAGCAAAGUUGUUGGGAUUGUCCGACACAGUUUUUGUUGUGACUCCAAAGGGGUCAGAGGAAGAAGAGAAUGGUGAUGAGGGCGAGUUUACAAUUGAUUCCUCUCCACUGUUCAUCAUGCCCACUGCAAUAUUAUUCUUAAACUUAGCAGGUCUUAUUCGGAGCACCGUUUCACUUGUGGGUAGUGGAGAUAAGAUCAAAGACAGGCCAUUUGCAGAGUAUUUGUGCAGUAUUUGGGUAGUAAUCAAUCUUUGGCGGUUUGUGAAAGGAUUGGUUAGAAAGGGCAAGAGAGGCAUUCCUUGGAGUGUUAUCAUGAAAUCUGGUGCUUUGGCUGUUUUCUUAUACGCUGCACUGGCCUAAUUCAGCGGUGGGUAUUUCUCGUAUUGCAAAUCUCAUUGAAAUAAGUUUCAAGAGAACUGCUCUGACUAGUCUUGCAAUAGAGAAAUAAGCAAUUGGGAGUUGUUAGAAAUAUUCUUCUAUCACAGAAUGAUUCCCCUCUCAGCCUUUCUGGUGAAGAGCUCUUCUUCCGGUGAUAUUCUGUCUCUAAUAUUUGGUACUGUGUUUAAUAGCCCACUGUAUUCUUCAAACAAUGAAGAACUUUUCUUUCUAGUGUGACAAUCUGUCUUUGCCUCA